GACCAGCUGAAGAUGUGAAGCGUGGCCAUCUGAUCGUCAGAGAGGAUGGUGGACUUACUGUGGCUAAAAGCGUGAAGUUUGGUGUUACUGACACCCACCGUGACCUACCAGGGCUUCUUUCCCCGGCUGUUGCAGAAGGCCUCCCCGAGGAACUACUCUCGUCCAGCGAACCACCAACCAAGGAGGACCUCAAGAAUGAGAUUGAGUUCAAGGCCAGGAAGCUGAAUGAGGAGAGGAACUACAGCCUGGAUGAGGCGGUGUCGCUCUACAAGUUGUUGGAAAUGCUCGGCAACACUGAUCGCAGAUUGGGGAAGAAAACCUCGAUUGCAUCUUGGUACACAGGUGCUUAUGUACAUGGAGGUGUUGCAGGGACAAGAACCAACAUGAAGGAGUUUCCACACACUACUAAGUUCCUCGUGAGCCUGGCCAAGCACUACUGUGGUGAAGUGGAGUUCACAGCCCUGGGGCUAGCCAUGAAUGCGCAGCUUGGACUUCAUCGUGACCUACACAACUACGGUCCAUCGAAAAACUAUGUGUUACCCCUCCAUGACUUCGAGAAGGGUGCAUUAUGGGUCCAGGAUGAUGACGUGAAUGAGCACGAUGGAGUUGAAAAGGAACUUCCCAGCGGGAAGAAAGUAAAGGGCCGACUCAUUGAAAUGGAGAAAGGCAGGCCAGUUUAUUUCUCACCUCGAAAAUGGCAUGAAGUCCAGCCGUGGGUUGGGGAAAGACUGGUCCUGCUCCUCUACACUCCUCGGGCCACUAAGCUUCACAUGGACAGCGUUGAGUUCCUGGAAGUCUUCCAGACAUUUGUACAAGGCUGUACAAGGGAUGAUGCUCAUGAUGAAGAAUUGCCUCUCCCGGCAAUGGACACCCAGACAUGCUGCGCGCGAAGCCUUUCGGACAACUUACCAGUGGAAGAUAUGGGUUUCAACGUGAACCACCAGGCCUUGACCGAAGAAGUGGAGAAUCCUGAUGACGAGGACUACAUGGAUGAAGGUCUGUCGGCCUUCCCCUCCCCACACAUCAAGAUGAUGAGGCAAGAGCAAAAGCCUGUUGAAGGGUGUGCUGAGGAGGAGGACUACAGCUUCCUACGUCCACAGACUCCUGAAGAACUUCCUCCCCUUCCUGAUCAUGUUGAAGUUGCCCAUAAUGGAGUAGCGGCGACAGUUAGGAAAAUGGUGAAGAAAGCGGAAGUGCAGUACACCAAAAACAUUGAAAGCCUACUGGAUGAUGUCAAGGAGAGCGGGAAGUUUCUUGAAGUGACCCACAAUGUGAGCCUCGGCGACGUCAGAAAGAACCUGGAGGCGUGGAAGCCUUCGGCACUCAAGGAGUUCAAGAACCUCAAGGACUCCAAGAAGGCAUUCUCUGUGAAAAGGAGAGAUGAACUUCCACCGGGCUGCAGGAUCGACGACAGCAACUUCGACCUCUUUGCCGCGGGUGUGGACGCAACGAGUUUGAGGACGCUUCUGGCAGCAAAUGCCCGGAAACCAUGGAAGAUUGGAACUACAGAUGUACGACAAGCCUUUGUCUUGGCCAAGUGGUUGGGACAGCCAGUCGCGUUGGAACCGCCAGCUAUAGCCUACGAACUGGGUUUGGCUUCACAAGGACAGGUUUGGUUUGUGGAGCAGGCUAUCUAUGGCCUGAGAGAAUCACCUGCCCUAUGGUCUCGAUUUCGUGACGAACAGCUUAAGCUGGCCAGGUGGAAUAUGGAUGUGGAAGGCGUUCCAACAACAACGAGGCUUCAGCAGAUGGUGUCGGAUAAUCAGGUGUGGAAGAUUGUGGUUGAUGGGGGCGAUGACAAAGUCUUCGGCUAUGUCGUCGUCUACAUAGAUGACCUGCUCAUCCAUGCAGAGGAAGGGGCUAUGAGAAGUUUCUUUGACUGGGUUUCUGCCAAGUGGGAGGUCGAUGCCUUGGAUGUUCUGGACUAUGACCACCCCAUACGGUUCCUGGGCAUGGAAAUGCACCGAGUUCCAGGAGGAGUAGAGCUGGCCCAGGAAGGCUUUAUCAAUGAGAUCCUGAGGUCCCAUGGCCAUCAAGGCGGACGUUCCCAAAGCCAAGGACCCCGGGAAACGCUCAUUUUGAGCGAUGAGGAGGAGCGAGCCUUAAUCGAUGCCCAGCCGUCCAAUGUCAAUCCCAAGGACCCUCAAGUUAAAGAAGCUCAGCGCAGAGUGGGAGAGUUACUGUGGCUCAUGGGCCGUACCCGGCCGGAUCUACAGCAUACAGUUUCGAUUAUGGCGGCAAGGAUCACCCGAUGUCCAGGAAUGGUGAACAAGGUGGGGAGCCGGCUUCUUGACUAUUUGAAUGAAACCAAGCACUACCGCUUGGCCUUCACCCAGGACUCCGAGGAGAUUGCUACGCAGCUCGACAUCUACACUGACUCCUCCUUCGCUCCAAGCGGAGGGAGGUCACAAGGUGCGGCGGCAGUCUUUUACGGACGGUCUCCAAUAGUAUGGCGGGCCGGUAGACAACAGCUAGUCACGUUGUCGACAGCAGAAUCAGAACUUCUGGAAACAGUGGAGGGUACUUUACUUGGGCUCUCAACCAGGGGACUGCUGACCGAGCUUUUGGGCAGAGAACUGCCACUCGUGGUCUGGGCGGAUAACCUGGCCGCAGUGGCCUUGCUCACUACAUCGUCAGGGAGCUGGCGUACCCGGCACUUGCGCCUACGCAGCAACUGGGUGCGAGAGAUGGCAAAGAACCAAGAGCUGGCCAUAAAACACGUUUCGGGAGAAUUUCAAAGAGCAGACUUAGGCACUAAGCCGUUCACUCGUGAACGGCUUCGUCAGUUGGUAGCAAUGUGGAGUAUGAUCGACAGGAG